AUGGCCACCACCACCACCACUACCGCCCUUUUGCAAGGCCAUGCUAACGGCCAUGCCACAAAACAUUCCGAUGCGGCCGAACAGCGCAGACGACUUCACCAUCAUGCUGACGUUGUGAUCGUGGGCGCUGGAAUCCUAGGGUGCGUCCUCGCUGUUACACUGGGUAGACAGGGACGUAGUGUACUGCUGUUGGAGAGCUCAAUGAAGGAGCCCGAUCGCAUCGUGGGUGAAUUGCUACAACCGGGCGGUGUCCAGGCCCUGGAAGAACUCGGACUCCGUGACUGUCUCGAAGGCAUUGAUGCCAUUCCAGCGGAAGGUUAUUACGUGUCCUAUCUCGGGGAGCCAGUGGUUAUCCCUUACCCCAAACCAUCACCAUCAUCGCGGGCGCCGGAGGGCCGUUGCUUUCACCAUGGACGAUUCGUGAAAAAUCUGCGCGAAGCCGCUUUAGCGUGUCCCAAUGUCACGGUUGUGGAGACCAAGGCGACGGAUCUGGUCACUUGCUCGCAUACCAAGCAGGUUCUUGGUGUGGAGUGCAUGGCCAAAGACACCAAAGAUUGUUACUUCGGCCACCUCACAGUUGUGGCUGAUGGCUACGCCUCCAAGUUUCGGAAACAAUACCACAAACAUACCCCUAAAUUUCGCUCCAGGUUCUGGGGCCUGGAACUGAUUGACACGGAACUCCCCGUACCUCGCUACGGACAUGUUAUCUUGACCGACGGUACGCCCAUUCUCCUGUAUCAGAUUGGGACACACGAAACUCGAAUUCUGGUGGAUAUCCCGGAGAACCUUCCAUCCGCCUCGGUGAAGAACGGUGGAGUUAAGAACCACCUUCGCAACGUUACCCUACCCUGUCUACCUGAAUCCGUUCGGCCUGCCUUUCUUAAAGCGCUAGAAAAUGGUCAGUUGAGGUCGAUGCCAAAUUCCUACCUGCCAUCUGCGCCGAACAAGACCCCGGGCUUGGUUAUAUUGGGCGAUGCUUUAAAUAUGCGCCAUCCGUUGACUGGUGGGGGCAUGACCGUUGCUUUCAACGAUGUGGUAGUCCUACGCGAUCUGCUCAGUCCUGAGAAGGUCCCCAGUUUUGAAGAUACACACAAAGUCCUGCGUCAGCUGUCCUCUUUCCACUGGCAACGGAAGAAGGCGUCCUCGGUCAUCAAUAUUCUAGCCCAGGCUCUUUAUACACUCUUUGCCGCUGAUGACAAACACCUAAAAGCCCUCCAACGAGGCUGUUUCCGCUAUUUCCAGCUAGGAAAGGCCGCCGAGCCCGUGAGUCUUCUAGGAGGUAUAAUCAAAAAGCCCAUCGUGCUUUUCAACCACUUUUUCACCGUCGCAUUCCUCUCCCUCUGGGUCCUCAUCCAAGAGGCGCCUCUUUAUAAACUUCCUCUAGUGCUAUAUCAAUGCAUGAUGGUGUUCUGGACUGCCUGUGUUGUCAUAUUCCCCUACAUGCUGAUCGAAGCGUUCUGUUAG